AUGAUUAUAGAAUUAGAUAAUACACAUAAACAAGAUUUAUCAUCAUUAAGAUCAUUAUCAGCUGAAAUCAUAAGUGAAUUUUGUAAAAUUGCAUUAGAAUUUAUAAAAAAAGGUUCAAAUAAAAAAUUAUAUAUGGGAGCAUCACAGAAACUAAAUAUAGCAGCAGAUAAAAUUGAAAGUUUAGUUGAUUCAAUUACAUAUUUAUUUUCAGAAUGUACAAGAUUUAUGUUAAAUGAAAAUGAUUUUAAUGAUACAUUAGCACCAAUUAAAUUAAGCGAUGAAGUUAUAGAAAUAUUGAGAGAGAGUUAUUUUGAUAAUAGAAAAGAUAUUAGAAAUACAUUACAAGAGUUUUAUCCACAUUUAGAUCAUUAUCAAAAUUUAGAAUGGAGAUUAGAUACUCAAAUAGCUAAUCGUAGUUUAGGUUCAUCAAUUAAUCCAAUCUAUUUAUUAAAAUUAAUUACAAAAUGUGGUUCUGAUAAUCCAAUUGAACAUUUACUACAAACUGAUCCAAAUAAUUUAAAACAUUUAUGUAAUGAAUUGGAAUCUGCUUUAAAUGAAAUUAGAACUUAUGAAAAUAGAUUAAUUAUAAGAAAUAUUAAAUAA